AUGCGUCCACCAGAACAGUAUGAAAAGCAGCAGCAGGUGUUUUUUGCUGCAGCAGCAGCAGCAAGGACCCGAUCCUGCUGCUGCCCCACGCGUUCCUGUAGCAGGAGCAGCAGCAGCAAUCGUCCAACCCUGCAGCAGCGGCACCAAUACAGAACCAGCAGCAACAGCAGCACCACUUCAAGAGGUACCCUUCACAGCAGCAGCAGCAGCAGCCACGGCAGCAGCACUAGCAGCACCACAGUCAUCUACACCUGUGCCGCAGCAGCAGCACUUCUCUACGUCGAAACAGCAGCAGCAACAGCAGCAGUUUCCACCAGUGGUUGCGCAGCAGCAGUUGCUGCAGUAGGCUCCGACUCUAGGACCGCAGCUGCAGCUGCAGCAGCAGCUGCAGCUGCAGCAGCUGCAGCAGAAACGGCAGCAGGAGGCCCCCUCUUCUCGAAAGAGCAGCAGCAGCACUAUCUACAAAUCCCUUUACUAACCGCAGGCAUCUACGUCUCUAAGACGGCGGCAGCAGCAGGAGCAGCAGCAACAGCAGCAGGGGGCUCCUUUGACAGCAGCAACAGCAGCAGCAGCAGCAGCAGCAGCGACUCUCGCAAGUGGGAUCUGAAUUGA